CUGCGCUACUGAGGGUUAUCACAGAAUCAGCGUUUUUCGCGGUCCUUUUGAUUGAUUAGUGUUAUAUAUAAUAUUUUUUACCAGAUCCUGUAAAUCAAAGUUUCAUAUUUUAAAGGACUAUUAGAGGGAAGUUUGUGUCAUGCCCGUUCCCUUCUGGGUAUUGUGCUGCUCGGAGUGUUGCACGUUUCAAGUUCAUCAUCGUAUAAAGUCGAAAACCUGGGUUUGUAAAGUUUGCUCUUGCAAGCAGUCAGUUUUAAAGGUUUUCGCAGAAGGAGUUGCUCAAGAAUGUCGUAAAGUUGUACAGAAAUUAAAUAGACAAGGUGUUCGUCAAAUGAAUUUGUAUAAAUAUGGGAUACUAAAUCAACCAAGAGCAUUGCUAUGGAGUUCAAAUAUGGAUUUGCCCGGAAAAACUAUGCCAAUGAAAAAUUCCAUGUCCAAAGAUGACAUAACCUCGGUUCAAAACAUUGAUACUACUGAUUCUAACAAGUGUCUGUUAGUAGAGUCUCAGGAAAUCUCCUACCGCUUAUAUCCAUAUUCGAAACCCUCUGGUUCUCAAACAAAGAUGAACACCAGUAACCAAAAAGAUAUCUUAAUACCGAAUUCUACGGCUUCGAGUCAAGCAAGUCACUGUUUACCACCUGGUAAAUCAGAUACAGAUUCAUCUCAAAAAUUUACUUCAAAAUGGGAUAUCUACUUGUAAGCUUUCUUCUAACCAAAAAGAAAACUAUGAAAGAAAGAGUUUAACUAUUCUCGUUGACAUUUAUUAUUUCUUAUUAAAAAAAUUUCCUAACAUCAUUUUUCGUUCCUAUUCCUGGUGAACUGGUGGUAUGAUUAAUCUGAG